AUGUAUAACGAAAAUACAGAACUCCAAGCUGUUCAUUGUACUACAAGUCCUGUUAAGACUGUCAGCGAUGUGAUAUUUGCAGAUUAUGAUAGCAGCUUGAGACCAGUAUGUAAUGGGACUACGCAAGUUAAUGCUACUCUAGGCAUUGCACUGAGACAAGUUAUAGAACUGAAAUGGAAUGAUUGCUUACUUCAGUGGGAUCCAAAUGAUUUUGAUGGAAUCACUAACAUUAUCGUACCCUACAAAAAGAUAUGGGUGCCUGACUUAACCCUUUAUGACAGUAUUUCAUCAGAGUUCUUUGGAUUGGCAGAUUUUAGACCAACUAUUUACUAUGAUGGAUCAGUGUAUUACAACUUUCCGACAGUUAUUGAAGCUUUGUGUCCCAUUGAUGUUGCAAACUUUCCUUUCGAUUCCCAAAAAUGCGAGUUGAUUUUUGGUUCAUGGGCUUAUCAUGGAUUUUCGUUAGACUUUUCUCCAAGAUCAAGUGCUGUCGAUUUAUCGUCAAUGAAACAAAACGUGGAAUGGGAGGUUCCAAAUCUAACCGUAGAACGACAUGUUGUUUAUUAUGGAUGCUGCCCAGAACCAUAUCCAGAUGUUACGUUCUACUUUCAUUUAAAAAGAAAACCAGCGUUCUACGUGACGAAUAUAAUAAUACCGUCAAUUAUGAUCACAAUAUUAGUGGCCCUUGGAUUUAUAUUACCUGUUAGUUCCGGUGAAAAAGUAUCCCUAGUGAUAACUGUUAUGUUAGCAAUGUCUGUUUUCCAGCUACUUGUAGCGGACAAGCUUCCUCCGUCAGCUGAAGCAACACCAUGGAUUGUUAUCUUCUUCAACUUCAUACUUGGAUUAUCUGGCGUGUCAACUAUCCUUCAGGGAGUUGUAAUCAACGUGUUUUACCGUGGCGAGCAAGCAAUACCAUACUGGCUAAUGAAGGGUGUGAUUACAACGGCAUGCCUGAUAACGUUUGUUACUCUGCCCGGGGCUGAAAGAAACAACUGCUGUACAAAAAAGGUAUUCAUUUAA